GUAAAAGUUACGGCAGGCUGCCCAUUUCGCUUCGUGGCCCAGUGCGGUGCGUAAUACGCGGACCGAUGAUGCGACCCAACCCCUGACGCGAUGGCGCGGCGCCUGCUGCUAUUCCUGGCAGCCCUUCAGGCCGUGGGGGCCGACCUCGACGCCGCCCGCGCCGCGGCCGAGCGGGCCCGGAACCGGGCGGGCGGCGGCGCCUCGUCGACGGCGGCGCGGGCCGCGGCCGCCCGCGCGCGCCUCGAGGCGCUCCGGAAGCCCGCCGCCGCGGCACCCGCCACGCCGGAGGCCGCCAAGCCGGAGGCCGAGCCUGCCCCUGCGGAGCCUGACGAAUCGGCGCGCCUUGCGGCGGAGCAAGCCGAGCGGGACCAAGCCGCCAGAGCAGCGGAGGCGGCAGCAGCGGACCGCGCGGCCGCCGAGGCUGCCGCACAGCAGCAGGCAGCAGCGGACGCGGCAGCAGCGGCCGAAGCGGACCGCAUCGCCACGCAAAAGGCCGCGGCGGACCGCGCGGCCGCGGAAGCCGACGCCGCGGCCCGAGCGCACGAAGCUGCAGAGGCUGAUACUCAAUCUGCGCGGGAAGCGGAGGCCCAGGCCGCGGCCCAGACGGCGGCGGGCGAGGCCGCCGCGCUGCGCGAAGCGGAGCUCCAACGGGCCCAGCUACAAUUGGAGGACGACGCGAAGGCCAAGGCCCAGGAGGCGCUGAAGGAACGCGAGGCCAAGGCCGCGGCGAUCCGAGCCAAGGAGGCCCAACAGGCCCAGGAGGCCGCGCAAGAGGCCGCGGACCGGGCCAUUGAGCAAGCGGAAGCGACGCGUUUACGCCUGGAGGAGGAGGAGCGGGCGCGGGAGGAGGCGCUGAGGGUGCAGAUCGAGCGCGAGGCGAACGCGCUGGUCGAGGCCGAGGCUCGAAGAUUGGAGCAGGCUAAGGUUCAGCUGCUGGAGGACGAGAAACGCGCGGCGGAACGGAGGGAGGCGGACGCCAUCGAACGGCAAAAAGCUGCCGAGGCCGCCGCCGCGUCGAGGCGGGAAGCUUCCGAGAGAGACGCUGCUGCUGCUGCUGCGAAGCGAGAAAUGCGCGAGGCCGCCCUCGCGGAGGAGGCCGCGCGCUUAGCGGAAUUAGAGGAGGUCAAACGACGAGAAGCACUGCUCGAGGCUGAACAGGCUCAGAUGCGUCUGGAGCGGGAGGAAGCGGCUCGCGCUAGAGCAAGAGAACAAGCGACGGACAAGCAGGGCGGCAAGGCCCCGCCGGACAUCUACAAGGAUGUCGAAGACGUGGACACUUCAGAACUACUUGAUGUCAUUUCCAAGAUUCCGCUGCGAGUGUAUGAAUUGGAAAAAGAUACGAUGGAAGGGCGUCGAAGGUUCGGAGUGAUUGGAGAAGAAGUAGAACAGCUCGUGCCCGACGCUGUUCGCGUAGGAAGGAGGGCCUUCUCGCAGGGGCCCAAAAAACCGCCCGUGUUCGUCGACGACGUGGCCAUUGUCGACGAUCCCGUGCUAUUUAUGCAUGGUGUCGGCGCCGUGCAGCGGUUAUGGGAGAAGCAGGAGCAUUUGCGCGAUACUACUAGAUUUCUAUCCCACAGAGCGAACGAGACGGCUUCUCGCUUCGCUGCGUUGGAUGAUAGGUUGCACUUGGAGCCGCGAGAAUUGGACGAGGAGCGCUUGAUCGAAGCUAGAAAAGACCACGAGAAGUUCCGCGAGAACGAGGAGUUGCUUGAUAAAGAGGCUGUCAAUGAGAAGAAAGCUUCGCUACAGAGACAGAAGCUCGAGAACGCGACUCUGCGAGUAGAAGACGCCGCUGCUAGGGAUCGCAGUAAAGCGGAAGACCUCGCGGCUCGCGACCGCCACGCCGAGAAACUGAGACUGCAGGAGCAGUCCGUCCGAGACCAAGAAGAAGUUCGUAGAAAGACCGACGAGGCCCUCCUGAAACAACGGCUCGAGGACGAGGUCAAAAUAGAAGCGCUGCGGAAGGAGGCGGAGUUAGCACGGGUCAAGGCCGAGGAGGAGGCGCGAGCGGCCGCUAAAAGAGCAAACGAGGAUAUACAUCUGCGGGCGAUGCGGGCGAAGGCUGCGGAAGACCGGAAGAAGGUGUUAGAGGCCGUGCAGCUCGUCGCCCAAUACGCCGGGAGGGGCGCGGCGACUUUAUUGGACGAUCCGAAGCUGCUCAUGACUUUAGUCGGUGCGAUCGUCGCGCUGGUGGGUGGGGGGCACUUCGCGCGGGAAGCGGCCAUAUUGACUCGUUCAUUAGCGGAGGCUUAUUUAGGACGACCUAGAUUAGUCAGGGAGACGUCGCGGCGCUAUUUCGGCAAGAGUACGACCGCGCUGAAGGUCGUGUUGCGGUUGUUGUUUUAUCCAGUCUUCUGGGUGGGUCGAAUGCCUUCCCAUAUGAUUUUCCUGAGGCAUCGCAUGGUCGAUCUGAAACUGUGGCUCGUCUAUGGAUGUAUCGUGGCGUACUACUCUAUCUGUUUCAUGCUGGGCGAAAUGUAUCAAUCAAUAAAGCACCAGGGCAAGAAGCUGGCGUUGCUGAUUGAGAGAAGGAAGCUCGCCAAGAAGACGCGCCGCCAACUUACUAGGGAGGACGCCGAGUUUUUUCGAGAUGUGAAGAAGAUGCGUUCUGAUGAAUACGCCAAGGCGUGCCGAGCGCGGGCAAAGACCCAUGACGACGAGCGGCGGGCCGUCCAGGCAUCUAGAAAUGAGAUUCAUCAGAAGAACCUAGCGAUGGAGCGAGAAGCCUUACAGCGGGAGCGCCGCAAGGAGGCGGCUUUCCUCGACGGUGUCGUCUUACCGGACGAAUUACGACAGAGAGUCUUGCAACUCGCCAUCGCAACUAGAAAUGCCAAAGCCAAUAGAGCGCCCUUCCGGCACAUGCUCUUGCACGGCCCGCCGGGCACCGGUAAGACGUUAGUCGCGAAACGACUGGCGAAGGCGUCGGGUUUGGAAUAUGCGCUGAUGAGUGGCGGCGACGUCGGGCCGCUCGGUUCCGACGGCGUCACGGCCCUCCACACGUUAUUUAGGUGGGCUCGGACGUCGGAAACGGGCGUGCUCGUUUUUAUCGACGAGGCCGAGGCUUUUUUAGCCUCGAGAAGCAGAGCGAAACUCACGGAGCACAUGCGCAACGCGCUGAACGCGUUCCUGUACCAGACCGGCAGCCCGACGACGUCCUUCGUGCUAGUCUUAGCGACGAAUCGGGCCGAGGAUUUAGAUGAAGCCGUACUGGAUCGCGUCGAUGAAACUUUAUAUUUUGGGCUGCCGGCGUUCGCGGCGCGAGAUAAGUUGGUAAGGCUGUACUACGACGUCUACUGCGCGUCACUCAUCGAGCGGAAGCGCCACUUCUUAAAAAAGAUCUGGGACGCGGUGCGCCGCGCCCCGGCGUCGCUAAAAGUAACAAAAGAUGUGACGCCCGCCCUGCUCGGGGAGGUCGCCCGCGACACGGACGACUUCUCGGGGCGCGAGAUCGAGAAGCUGUUUGUCGCCGUACAGUCCGCGGCGUACGGUCGCGACGGCCGCCUCGACGCGAACACGAUCACCACGGCCGUCGCCGUGAAGCGGGGCGAGCACGACCGCAAGAACGCCAUGAACGCGGCCGACAGUACGCUGCGCUCGUCGGCCGUCGACGCGGCGAUGAACUCGCCGCGCGCCAAUUCCAGGGACGGGAAGCAGCGGUCGCCGCGGCGGAGGUAGC